AUGCUUAUAGGGAAGCACAUGGGAAAAUCUGGCAUCAUGCAGUGGCUCUCCGAGGGAGGGAACUAUCUGUGGUUCUGGGACGGAUCGUUGAACAUCCCACGGAUCCCCAACCUCCAGACACUGCAGUAUAUGCAAGACAGGGGUUAUGACGUCAAGCCUGGAGAUGUUGUGAGAGUCGCUCGUGGGCCAGAGUAUCCGAUGAAAGGGGUCGUGCGAAGCAUUGACUUUCCGAACGCCCGCUUGACCUUACUUUCUGAGAUUGACCACUCACUAAUUAAUGUUCCCAUUGGAUUCGUGAUUAAAGUACACAACACCAACUUGGAUUCUUUCAAAAAGGACAUAGGGCAAGAAAUUUUUGUUAUAGGAGGUGACCGUAAGGGCUAUCGAGCCACGCUAUACAGUUUCAACUCCAAGGAUUGCACCAUUGCCCUGCAUGGGCAGCAACGCACCAAGAUCCAACUCAAGGACGUUGUUACCAGAAUGAGGCUGAAUGGUGCCAUGCUCGAGGGAGCCGACAUGUUAUCUUUCUGCGAGAUGCGGAGAAGGUUGUACUUGGCCCUGCAACCUCAAAGUACCACCUGGACCACCAGCUCCGAGGAUAUUGACACAGCCAGUAACCCUUCAUCCAGCCUCAAUCCCUCACAGGCUGCUAAACCCGACCCCUGGACUGUCAAUAUCAACGACAUGCUUGAUGCUGGAACGGAGAAACCCAAAGAGAGCCCACUAGCAUGGUUGAUGAACAAGGAAUUUUCUUCCAAGUUCACUACAUAUCACAUGAUGUUGAAAGUCUCGCCCUCCUUCUUGGGAGGCAGGCUACACAAUCAAUUUGUGUCAAUGGCUUGUCCUGACCCCUUCCUCGGUGUGAAUGGACCCGCCCCCAAGGGUUAUAUCGCAGUAUCCUGCUCAUCAAAUGGUGCAGGUGCUGCGAUUCAGCACUAUCAUAUACCUGCCACAGAUCUGAGCCCAGCCUCCCCACGCAAAAAAAAAACCAACAGUGUAUCGUUCUGGACGGAAUUCAUCGCGGUUCUAUCUGUAAUGUAG